UUCACUGCACGUUUGAACAGAGUCGGUUGAAAUAGGUCCGUGUCGUGGCUGUAGAGUUGAAAGCAGUGACUCGUGGGAGCUACGAUACUUGUGUAAAUCGUCUUUGAUAGACUGAAACAUUGUUGAUAAAUAACGCUUUCCUACCUAAAAGUAUGUCACAGAAGCAAAUAUACUACUCGGAUAAAUACACCGACGAGCAUUAUGAAUACAGGCAUGUCGUAUUACCCCGAGAACUGGCGAAGCAGGUCCCCAAAUCGCAUUUGAUGUCAGAGGAUGAGUGGCGGAGGCUUGGGGUGCAACAGUCGCUGGGUUGGGUACACUACAUGAUCCACGAACCAGAACCCCACAUUCUCUUAUUUCGAAGACCUCUUCCAAAGCUGUGAUGGCAGGCAGAAAAGUGCUGCUCCUGGAACAGCUGUGUGCUUAAUACUGGUAUUCAGUGAAUACUUGCAACCCAUCAGCUUAAUGCCUCCUGUGCACACGCUGUGUUUUCUCAGCUAAAAAGCUCAGUCAGCUCUCAAGUUGUGGCGGUUGCAUUGCUGUAGCAUGGACUUUUAGAUCCAGAGGACUUGCUACUGAAUUACCAGUGUACCCAUAAUCUGUUGAUCAUGUCUCAAAUAAAUGUAUGAAUAUAAUCAGGGGUGUUAAUCUUGAUGCUACUGCUGGUAAAUGUAAAUACUUACCAUCCAUUGAAAUAUCAAGAACCUCUGCCAUGUAUAAAAAUGAACCUGACACCUAUAUGAUUUGGAAAAACUUUUGUUUAAUAUACCAGGCAUCUAAAGUGUAUCCUCAGUUUAAAGAGGGUGCACAUGACCAUGCCUGGUUAGGAUGUUCUAACUGGUGCGGUUUUCUUUAGAACUUCAAAGUAUACCUCGUUUCAGAACCUUUGUGUCUACAUAAGAACAACUGAGUUGAGCUUUUUUUAUCUUCUGUGCCUGAUAAGUGUUGUCUGUCUGUCUGUAGAAUCAGUAUUGUCCAUAUAUAUGUUGAUAAAGUAAGGCUGCAGACUUAAAGUGUGUGUGUAUACCUGUGAUCUGUACUGUGAAACAUACAUGGAUAAGGUUGGCACAAAGACUUUCCUGUUUUCUUUAAUUUAGUCUCCUUAAUUGUACCUAUUCACUUAAAUGGAAAAUCUUGGCCGAUACUGUAUCACAGCUUUUGAAAUUGAAUGACUUUUUUUGUGCAUGAUCUGGUGGUGGUCGAUAUUUGUUUUUCUCUUUUAUGCCUCUAUUCUCCUGACUUGAGUAGAAAUUAGUCCAUGAGACCACUCUUCCUUCCUAAAGAGCACUCUCGCAACAUAAUGGCGGGAAAAUUGUCUUCUAUCAGUGUUUUGAAUGUUAUGACUUUAAAAUAAACCCUAAUUUUUAUAAAAA